CUCCGCAUGCCAGUAAGAGUCUCAGCACGCACCGCGCGCUUUCUAUCUGGAAACUUUCAAAAAAGGAUUCGCUAUAAACUCAGCACCUUCAUGUCGGCACUGCUGAAUAUUUCCUCACCGAUGCUAUGGUUACCUUUAUUACGAUCUUACAGGUGAAUCUAGUGAUGUCCAUCUUGCUGUACGUGAUGUUCCUCGCGUACCUCUAUGGUAUCUCAGCUUCUACGAUGGACAAGCAGCGGCCACCGCAGGAUCCCAUCAACAUGCUUAUCAUAAAGCUCCUACAGGCCGACAUCAGCCGCAGCCGACAGAAACAGGAUGAGGGAACCCUGGACGCACUUCCGUCCAUCACUUUAAACACACCUUCAGUGACCGACUACAAGGGGAAACUUAGCUCACCCGCCUACCAGCCGGUGACAGACAUCUCCUCGGAACUGCUACGUCAACACAAACAUUACAACUCACCGCGUGUUCUACUAAGCGACCGACCACCUCUGCAACCCCCGCCGCACUACCUCAUGGACAACUUUGUAAGCAGCAAGGACGCUAGCGGCAGCAACAAAACACGGCAGAAACGCUACGCUGAGCACAAGAGCUACAGAGCAGAGUUCUCAGUGUGUGACAGUAUAAGCGAAUGGGUGGUGGACCGGACCAUGGCUGUGGAUAUUCGCGGACAGCCGGUCACCGUUUUGGGGAACAUCAAUGCGGGACGCACUGACCUCAAACAGUACUUUUACGAGACAAAGUGUCGGACGGCCAAGCCCGUCAAGGGUGGCUGCCGGGGUAUUGAUGACAAGAACUGGAAUUCACAGUGCAAAACUUCGCAAACUUACGUGCGUGCCCUCACUCAGGAUAAAUCUUCGGUGGGUUGGCGCUGGAUACGGAUAGACACCUCGUGCGUCUGCGCACUCUCACGUAAACACCGCAGGACGUGAAAAACGUGCAACUACUCCAUUGUCUUUUUAUUAUUACCUGGGGGGGCUGUAAAUAUAUAAAUUAUUAUUUAAAUUAUAUGGAAUGCAUAUAGUUUAUUCAUGUCCAUGUAUAAUGUAUACAUAUGCUUGUUAUUUAUUUAAGACGUCUGCAAAUUAAAAUCUUAAAAACAGAGAGACUUCAUGUAUCAUGAAAUGCCACCAAGCUACAGGAGCAUUACAUGGUGAAUCUAUGUGCCUUGCUCAAGUAUCAAAGUCAGAGGACAUUGGGAACAGUUGCAAUGGCAAACGGUCAAUAUCAUAUUAACUUCAGUAUUGUUCACUACUGAUACAGGCUGCCAGUAUACAGUGUCCUCUUCAUGUCUGGAAAAACCAAUUACAGUCAAGAUGUUGUCAUAUUUUGUAUGGAGAUAAUAUGUAAACAUACAGUAUAUGCAUAUGAAAACUGCAUGAAAUACCUAAGAAAUAUAAAUUUUUCUAUCACAUUUCUAUGUACACCAUGAUGUUAGUGGUUCACACAGGAUACAAAGACUAAUGUAAUACAAAAAGCAACACAAACAACUUUGUAUCACUGGGAUAUUAGUCACAAGUCACAAUCCCAGCAGAAUAAUGAGCUCAGCAUUUAAAAAAAAAAAGGAAAAAAAAAUGGACCAAAGAGUGAUAUAAAAGAUCUUUUACAGUUCUACUAAUUCUUGUGAGACUGGAUAUUAUUUGUUUCUAGUGUUGCUUGUCGACUAAGACAUGCCCUUUUGAAAGUGUUAGGGUUAAGGUUAGGUUCACCAAAAAUGAGCAUUCUGUCAUAAUUUACUCAUCUCAUAUUGUUCUUAACCUCUAUGACUUCUUUAAACAUUAGGGUGAUGAGGUUAAUUGAUGACAGAAUUUAAAUUUUUGGAUGAACUAUCCAUUUAAGCUAGCACAGUGUUUGUCGGAUCACUCACAAUGCACCAUUUAUAAGCUUUUUUUUACAGGUCAAAGCAUGUCUAUAUUUUAUUUUAAUGUUACCACCUUUACCAAGUAUGGCACUUGCUUACAUAGCAGAGCAGCAAUGAUGUGAACUAUGCGAUUAUGCCCCAGUAAUGCAGAGUAGGGUGGAGUCAAAAGCAGCCCUCAUGACCACUAGUUUACCAUUGAGCAGCUUAGUAUUUUUGAAGACAGAUUCUUAACAGAUGGUGGAAAGACUCCUCCCGCUACCCGUGCCCCUCUCAAAAGCUCCACCCAGGGUUAGAAGGCCAACCAGAGACCAAUCUGACCACCACGCCCACAUUAUAGCAGGUCAGACACAUCGCUUUUCAAGUGUCCACCACAAAUGACUGUACAUUUAGCAUUAUUAAGAGUAAACCACCCUAAGGAUUUAUAAGACAACAAAAGGUAAACAAAAAGACAACAAAAUGUGCCAUUGCUAAUGUCACUGUUGUCUUACACAGAGGUAAAUCUGCUUUAAGACGAUGUACAUACGUGCAGAGCUGGGAUUUUAACAUGUAAUCUCUCCCUUAAGAGGGUUUCCCUCUUGUCAGACUCAUCUUAGGAGAUAAGCAUUUCACCGGUGCAUUGAGGCUAUAAAAAGGCCUGCCAUCUUUUCCCACUGUAAGUUUAUAUAAGGAGACCCACUCAAGUGUUGCAUGCUAGCAAAUCAUGAGUAUUUCUGUGUAUUAGAUUUUAAAUACUGGGAGUUUCCAUCUGGAGUAAGCCAUCAGACAUGACCUAGAAAUGUUAAAUCUUAAAACAGAGAAUCAUCUUAAGAUAUGUCAGAGGACAUGAGUAUAUAAGAAUGUGUAUUUUUUUUUUGUACUGGUGCUCAAUAAAUUUUAUAUACCCAAGAAAACACGUUUGUGAGAUGCAUAGAGAAAAAGAGUUAACUACUCACUUGACAUUGUGUCGAUGUAGUGACACUAGGGUUUCGCUCUUGAGAGCCCGAACCACCUCUGAUUUAUUCAGAAAAGGCUUAUGAGAAUUGACGAAUGGAAUUUGCAUGCCACUCUCUGCCCCAGACUUACGGGUAUAGAAGGAGAUGGUGUGCACCAUUCAUUCAGACUUGUACUUCGAAGCCGAAUACAUGCAUCGUGUUCGUCCUGUCACUUCAUUCUAUGUUAUGCUGGAUUUAAGGAGCAGAUCAGUAGUCCGCGUCAGGGCGGAUUUAAUGUCUCGUUUGUCACCAAUGGCUGGACCAUUGAAUUGUUGAUGCCAUAUCUUUGGCUUACCAAUCGCAAGACCUGCCGUGCCCCUUGGGAGUUCAGGAGCACUCCACCAGAGGUGUUGCGUCCUCCUGGGCACUGGCUCUCUAACAGACAUAUGCAUAGAAGCAGGUUGGGCUACACCCAAUACUUUUGUGAGGUUCUACAACCUCCACAUAGAACCGGUUUCAGCCCGAGUGUUACUGGGUACUGGGUCUGGCAGCCAGUUGGGUGUAUCGCUUGCAUUAGCGCCUUCCCCUCUUGAGAUGAUAAUGUGCGCUGUCUUGUCCAUAACAGUUCCCCAUAACUGGUGAAUACUGGAUGCCUUCUUGAUUUCUUAAGCACUGUCCGGUGACGAACUCGACGGAGGAGUAACACCACCAAACUAUACUCGUUUAUACUCGUUACCAAUACUCGUGGUAUGGUCCUUUUAAGGUGAGCCUGUGUACUUGGGCUCAGUGAUCCGUAAAUGGUGAUACCCCCCUCGGUAAUCCCGUAUGAUGUAUUUCCACUUUUCGGUUUCCCUGUCAGGGAACCCUGUGUCUUCCCCCUCACCCACUGUGGCUGCGAACCCUCUCCAUAGAUAGGGUCCUCCCCAGGGGUUUCAUUCCAUAUGCAAACUUCCCGGUCGGUAAGUCCACGUGCGGUUUUCUCCACAUGUUAACCUCCCUCCGGUAGUAUGUGUUCUCCAUGGUGCUCUUCGAAGAGCACUUCCCCAGCUCUAUUCAAUCAGGUGCUCGGUGGCUAAUUGCUUAAUACGGAAAUCAGGAAAGGCCACCGCCUGUAGCCUCCUCUGGUAAGUUCUCUCCUCCCACCCUUAAUGUGACCAGAGAGGCACCUUACCUUAUAUGCUGGAAGGUCCCAACAUGGUCAAGUGCUCGGUGCAGCUUGCCCGUGUCCGCUCCGCUAUACCUCUUGACACGAUUCAGCACCUGUGGCAUUUAGUAUGGGGACCCCUAGUGUCACUACAUUGACACAAUGUCAAGUUACUAAUGUAACCUCUGGUUCGUGAUGGAGGAACGAGGCGUUGUGUCCCUCCUGCCACAGCGAUGAACUGACCACUGACAUGGCCGGGAUCACUGACAUCUCUCUAGUCUCCUCAGCACAAAUCUGAAAGAGUGGCGCAUGCUAUCUCCUUUUAUGCAGGAUAUGCUAGAAUGAGGUCAAUAUGUUGCCCUAAAAAGGCAAAAUGCAGUAAAUAUGGAAACACUGAAACUGAGAAAAAUGGCUUUAAAUUUAGCCAGUUGGUUUUAUUGCAAUUUUAACACAAAUGCGACUUGGUCUCACGGAAUCUUGCCACUAUUCCAAAAUUUUUGCGUAAUAAUUUUUAUGUGGCUUGUUGUACGUAUCGCUGUGGAAAAAAUAAAUCUUUAAUGGCGCAACAACAACAAUGACUUGUAUUCCCUUUAAUGAAAAUCACAAGCAAAAUGGCAGAUUAUCAGUUCUUAAACUUGUAAGGUGAUACAUUUUUACAUAUGUAUUACUCAACCAACUUUGUUUGAAAGUAUGAUUGUGUGGUAGCUUAACCGAUAAAACAGUACACUUGCAAUGCUAAGGGCCAGGGAACAAGUCCUGAAGUCGAGACGUGAGUUGAAAGUGUCAUAGAAGCAGCAAAAAAUAAGUUGUUGCUUGAGCAUUUUCAUCAAAUUUGCUUUUAUGACAUUAUCGGUUAGGUUUUGGUUGAAGGUUUAGGUUAGAAGGGUCCAUUAUCUUUAUUUAAAACUCGAUAGAGCAUUUCCCAAAACAACCUGUUUGGGAGAGCAUUUAACUCCCUUUUAGCACCACACAGAGGACAUUUGACUUCAGAACUGCUGCGCUACUUGUUAUGAACUACGCAAAUACUAUAACUGUGCAAAAAUUUUGCCAGUCACGUAAAUUUACUUCAAUCAGGCUGGUCAAACCUGUCUGUUACAGGACAUAUCAUAGUCUAAGAGACACGAUUUUUGCCAUAACUCAAUUUUGACAAACUGUGUGAUUACUGCUUUUUCGAUUGGACAGCAAUCUGGUUCAAACCCUUUACUACAUUACGUGAAGUGCCAUGACAGAACACUUCAUCCUCCAGAAUGCCAAAUGAAACAUUAAGCAUUAUUAGCAUCAAAUGGUCAAUUGUAAUAUGGCAAUGAAAAAUUAAUCAUUGUUUUGUUCGUUUUAAUGUUUUACAAGAGACUUAACGGUGCUUUUGAAAGUAAAAGUGGUGUUGGACUAACACAAGGCACUAACUAAAGCACAUCUGAGAUUGAUAGAUUCCAUUGAGACCAAAUGUUGUGUGUGAAGUUGAGACAACAAGGGUGUCUGGUUUGAUUUGAAACAGAACCACAGACCACCAAGAAAACAACACACCUUCUUUGUAUUCGAUCCUCCAGCUGCUUCUCACUUCUUUAAUUUAGCCCUCCAUGGAGUAAUUGGAUAAAAGCUUGGAUAAAACACAUGAACUCAACAAAUCCCACAUCACAUUGGCUCAUUCCUGAAUGAUGUUCACUGAAACAUUCCCAUGUAUUUUAUGCUGUCUGGUUAUGUAUUUAUGACCUGCUGGUGUCAUGCAUACUUGCUGCUUUAAACCACUGCAACCAAUCCUUAUGAUGACCAACGGCCAUUGCUGAAACCCAUUGAAAUGUUCUUUGUUUAUACUGAAAACAGUGCCAAAAACACAUCAAAUUCUAUUUAAUGAUAUAUGCCUCUUAAUAUUCUGACAUGAACGUUCCUCGUCUUCGAUAUGUCAAAACUGACAAAGAUGCGAGAAAAGAUUCAUCUUAAUUUAGGAAAAAAAUAAAGACUUGAUUGUUAGAUGGUCAUUGUUUAGUUAAGUAGUGUAUUUUGGCUGUACCCAUAAUCCAUUGUUUGUACUUUUGUUUGUUUGUUUGCUUGUUGUAGAGUGAGAGAGAGAGAGAGAGAGAAUUGCUUAUCCCAUAAUGGUAGUGUCUCUUGAAAAAUCUGUUUUCUCAUGCUGAUACUUGAAGGAAGGCCUUG